AUGAGUGAAGAAGCUAUAUCAAUUCGUUCAAAAAAUUUAUCAACAGCUAAACAAUCAGAUCUUGAUGUUAAAGAUAUGCCAGAGACAGCAUUUAUUAUAGCGUUUUGUGUCAAGUACGAAAAGUCAAUUCAGCAUUUGUUUUUUUGGCCAGAGGACUUUGAGGAAGCGCUCAGAAGUAAACAUGAAAAUCCAUUGAUAACAUGGCUCCUGCGUUAUUUUUUACAGCAUGCAGAAAAUAGGCCAAAAAUAACCGAUUCACGUAAUUGGAAAAACGCCUUUUCUACCUUUAUUGAUAAACGAAUUGAAAAUGAGGAAUUUUUUUUGAAUUACAAUCCUUUAGAUUCUGUAAAUAAUGAUUUCUUUGCUUUAAAACCAAAAAUGAAGGUUUAUCUCCUCUAUUAUUUAGUUAAAUACCAACUUAUUUAUUCUACAAGGAUCAAAGAAUUUUUGGAAGAGCUUAAAUUGUUAUCUAAUACUGAUCCAUUUGAUCCUCUGGCAAUUGAGUCUCUGGGUACUGAUAGUGCUAAUGGUAACUUUUUGUAUAUUGGAAUUGGAUCACGUAUUUAUCGUGAAUCUAUUACGUCUUCUGGAAUAAAGUGGGAAGUAAUAUCAACAACAGUAACAGACAUAGCUGAAUAUGUUAAAAAUAAAUUGGAUCCAUCAAGAUCAGAGAAUGAACGUCAACUUCAUGACAAACUUCUUUAUCAAAUAUUGCCUUAUUUAGCCCCAUUAGCAAAGGAACAAACACUUUCUAGAAACGAAAGGUAUGCAAAAAUAAGGGAACGUGAAAUUGCCAAAGGCCGAAAGAAUUUUUGGGCUUGGUCUAAUAAUAUAAUAGUGGACGUUGAGGACGAUGAGGACGAUGCACAAAUAACUAAAAGAAAAAGAAAUUCAGUUCCAACUUCAAAUACUAAAUCAUCUCAAAUCAACAAUACUUUUGCCAAACAGUCAACAAUUCCUUUUAAUAGGAAAGAAACUAUUGUUUUUAGUCAUGUUACUCAAAUCAAAAUAUAUCCUAGGAUACGCGAAAUGGCAGAUAAAAAGAUUGUUAAUAGUAAUUACAACGAAGUCUUUAGAGCACCAUUAAGUUCAACACAAAAUAUUGAUUAUUUGGAUAAUCAUCAUAAAGUUACAAGCGAAAAAAAGCAAUAUUCCGAAAGACACGAACAAGAUGAAUAG